AUGUAUCACCAGCAGUGCGAGCUCCUGAUGCCCCAUGAGGGCCUGGACAUGGACGCCGGCCAGUCACACCACCUUGCCGCCGGCUCAGCCGUCCCCGCAGAGCUCAACUUCCACCUCCUGUCCUACGUCGACACGGCCGUCUCCCCGCAGCAGCCCACCGUUGAGUAUUUCUUCGGCGGCGCAGACCAGCCCCAUGCGCAGUUCGAGCAGCUGGCCGCCAACCACCAGGCGAUGACCGUGCUGCGGGACUACUACGGCCAGUACCACCCCGCCACCGCCGACGCGUAUCUACCCGGCGGCGGUCCGAGGACCGGUUCGUCGUCCCUGGUGUUCGGUGCUGCCGAAGAGGAGUCGGCCUACAUGGUAGGCGGCUUUCAGUGCUCCCCCAAGCAGCGGGCGAGCGGCAGCAGGAAGCGGGGCCGUGGCGCCGGCAGCAGCUUCCACGGCUUUCCGGCCAACGGCAGCGUCGAGAAGAAGGAGAAGCAGCGCCGGCAGCGCCUCAGCGAGAAGUUCACCGCUCUCAUGCUUCUCAUCCCCAACCGUACCAAGGAGGAUAGGGCCACGGUGAUCUAUGACGCGAUCGAGUACAUCCAGGAGCUUGGGAGGACGGUGGAGGAACUGACGCUGCUGGUGGAGAAGAAGAGGGGCCGGCGGGAGCACCAGGGGGACGUGGUGGAUCCGGCGCCCACGCUGGUGGCCGGAGAUGGGGAGUGCUCUGCAGGCGAGGUGGCGGCCGCGGUGAUGCCAGCGAUGCCGGCGCCGCCGCAGCCGAUCCGGAGCACGUACAUCCAGCGGAGGAGCAAGGAGACGUUCGUGGACGUGCGGAUCGUGGAGGACGAGGUGAACAUCAAGCUCACCAAGCGCCGCCGCGACGGGUGCCUCGCCGCCGCGUCCCGGGCUCUGGACGACCUCCACCUAGACCUCGUCCACCUCUCCGGCGGCAAGAUCGGCGACUGCCACAUCUACAUGUUCAACACCAAGAUUCAUCCUGGGUCUCCAGUUUUUGCAAGCGCAGUGGCCAGCAAGCUGAUCGAAGUGGUGGAUGAGUACUAG